GGAGGGGCGGGACUCGAACCCGCGGCCAACGAGGCGCAGCCGGGGGCGCCAUGUUGGGAAGGGCGAGACCAACGGGGGCGCCAUGUUGGGAAGGGAAGCGACAGGGUGGUGGCGGCUCCGCCAUGUUUGUGAGGUCAGUUUUGGGGCGUGGCCAUCACCGGAAGUGGCCCUGACUUCCGGCGCCAUGAAGCCGCGCGCGGGCCCGGUGCCGCCGCCGCCGCCGCCCGGGGGGAUCCUGAGGCGGGGGGGGCGCGAGGGGAGCAACCGUCAGGUGCGUUUCGCGCCCGGUCCCGCGCUCCAGGCUGAGGAAGAGGAGGAUGAGGAGGGGGCGCUCCCCACGCUGGCGACCCCCACCCUGCACAGCAGCCGGGGGGGGCCGUGGGGGGCGCCCCCCGAACCGUUCGACGCCCCCCGGGCCGCGGCCGCGCUCCUGGGCAGCUCGUUCGCCGCUCGCAGCGCCAUGGGCGGGGCGGCGGCAGCAGCCAUGAACGUGCCCCAAACCCAGCGGCUCUUCCGGGGCCUGGUCAGCCUGGCCGUGCCCCCCCCGCCGGGACCCCGCAGGGGCGUCCAGACCCCCCACACACCCACCCCCCAGGUGCCCGGGCCGCAGCUGGGGGCGCUGGCAGGGGAGGGGGCUGUCGCCAGGGGGGUGGGCUGGCCCUGGCUGCCCCCCCCCGCCCCCCCCGAGCCCCCCCGGGCGCUGCCCCGCCCCCCCGGAGCCACCUUCGCCAUGUUCCAGAAGCUGCAGCAGUGGGGGGGGCAUUGAGACCCUCCCCCCCACAAAAAAAAAAAAAAAAAAAAAAA